CCCGUUAAAGAAUCGUAGACCUUCGUCUUAGCAGCAGUCACACCGGAACACAUUGCUCGACACUGAAACAAAUGUUCGUCUCUCAAGUUUGACAGUUAUUACUAUCGGCGAGGAUAUUCCGAUUACGCGGAGUCAAUUUUGAAGAUCGUUCGCUCUUCGCGCGUGUGUAUGUUUAUCUCCAGUCAUGUGUGUUUACAUUUUUUCCGAUGUAUCAUCGUGCAAGUGUUGUCUGGCAAGGUAAUAUCAUGAGAAGAAUGUUGGGUCGCGCUGGAUAGAAUCGGGCAUUUCAUGUCCGCAUUUCGAGACAGCGAUCUCGUUUGAUCUUCUCGUCCAGAUAAAAGAUUCUCAUUUUUGCGAUGAUCGCUAACAAAGUCUGCUGCAUCAGCGUGUCGUUGGCGGCGAGGAUAGUCGGGGCGUAUACGAUGUCCAUCUCAAUUCUAAUGAUAAACGUGUUGGUAAGCAACUUCUUCUCGAGGAUUGAUGAUGAAGAAUUCUUCGAAACCGCCAAGACCUGGGCAAUACUGGGAUUAAAUUGGAUGCAAGCUUUUCGAUACUCGGAACUGAUAAACAGAGUCCAAACAGCCAUGGUGUUCUUCCUGAUAUAUAGCGUUCUGUAUCUAUUUGCCAGUGCGUAUCUUGCUUUAGGAUCGAUUUCGAGAAGACAUAAAUGCGCCGUGCCUUGGAUGUAUUUGCAAAUGAUUAACAUAAUAGAUCAGACCAUAGCGCUAAUUGGUUAUCUAAUACGUGAUCGAGAGGACACUGCUUUAGUUAAAUCUAUGACGUGCAGUAUCUAUUUAAUUUGGAACGUCUAUUUGUGGACGAUUGUGCAAGUCGCUCGCAAACAGUGGUACGAGGAACAGCAGAAUCACGUGGAGUGCGAACUAAGAGAAUCAGAUCCGGAUCCUCCAUCAUCAUCCACGAAUGGCAGCAACUUGAAGUCGCCGUCCUUCCUCUCGCAAAAUUUUUUUAUAUUAGAACCGUCGACAAUUCUGCCUAAAGAAGAGUCUUAUUGUUAGAACUGUGGAUAAUUCUUAAAGGAUUCUGACAAAACUGCACGAAGAAAUUGUCAGAACUUAUAGGAGGAUGUUUGAAGAACAAAUCCGUGAAAUGGAGAAGCUAGAAGCUAGAAGAGGUCUCCUUUGUCACGUUAUAUUCGACAUCGUUAUUUGACUACAACUUAAGACUGUUUGCUUUUUAUAUUUAGCAUCUUCAUUUUCUAGACAUAAACUUACUAACUUUCUUACAAAUUGAAAAAGUCGACAAUUAAUAAAUGUCCAUCAUAGACACAAGCUUCGAAUUAAUAAAAUUUUUGUCUACGAAUUUCGCAAAAUUACGUUGUUUGACAAAAUUUAUUAUUUUGUGACAUCUAGUAGCUGUGAUUACGAUAGUUUGCUAUGAUGAUUAUUGACAAAAUAAAAGUUUAUUAUAAAAACAUAUAGAUAAAUGAAAUUAAAUUCAAAUUUAAUUAAAUCAAUGAGAGAUAUUGGCAUAGAGAAACAUUUUUAAUGUAUAAAAAAUAUAAUAUUUUUAAUCGAAUUAAUUUUAACUCAUUUAUUCGUAAGCUUUCACAUAAUAUGUAUUUCUGAGAAUUUA